CGUGGGCGCGUGCGCAGUGGCGGGCCGGGCGCGUGCGCAGCGCCGGCUUCUUCCCAGCGCGAGCUGGUGCUCACGCUCCUCCUCCAGCUUGCCACCCCCGCUUGCCAGCAGCGGCCCGGUACCAACGGGUGGUCUCGCCGAGGGAGCUGUCGUGCCUCGUGGUCCCGGGACUGCAGUGGUGUGCGCUCUCGGCGCGUGGCGCUAGGCGUGGCGCUAGGCAUGGCGAUGGAUCAAGUAAACGCGCUGUGCGAGCAGCUGGUGAAAGCGGUGACGGUCAUGAUGGACCCCAACUCCACCCAGCGGUACCGGCUGGAAGCCCUCAAGUUUUGUGAAGAAUUUAAAGAAAAGUGUCCUAUCUGUGUCCCCUGUGGCUUGAGGUUGGCUGAGAAAACACAGAUUGCCAUCGUCAGACAUUUUGGCCUUCAGAUCCUGGAACACGUUGUCAAGUUUCGGUGGAACGGCAUGUCUCGAUUGGAGAAGGUCUAUCUGAAGAACAGUGUCAUGGAGCUGAUUGCAAAUGGAACGUUGAACAUUUUGGAAGAAGAGAACCAUAUUAAAGAUGCUCUAUCUCGAAUUGUAGUAGAAAUGAUCAAGCGAGAGUGGCCACAGCAUUGGCCUGACAUGCUAAUAGAAUUGGACAUUCUUUCCAAACAAGGGGAAACACAGACCGAAUUGGUGAUGUUUAUCCUUUUGCGACUGGCAGAGGAUGUAGUGACUUUUCAGACACUUCCCCCUCAAAGAAGAAGGGACAUCCAGCAAACAUUAACCCAGAACAUGGAAAGGAUCUUUAGUUUUCUGCUUAACACACUUCAAGAAAAUGUAAACAAGUACCAGCAAGUGAAGACAGAUACUUCUCAGGAGUCAAAGGCGCAAGCAAACUGUCGAGUAGGAGUUGCAGCAUUGAAUACUCUAGCAGGCUAUAUUGACUGGGUGUCUAUGAGUCACAUCACUGCUGAAAACUGUAAACUCCUGGAGAUACUGUGUUUGCUGUUGAAUGAACAGGAACUUCAGUUGGGAGCCGCUGAGUGUCUUCUCAUUGCAGUCAGCAGAAAAGGCAAGUUGGAAGACCGGAAGCCCUUGAUGGUCUUAUUUGGAGAUGUUGCCAUGCAUUAUAUACUCUCCGCUGCACAGACUGCUGAUGGAGGAGGUUUGGUAGAAAAACACUAUGUCUUUCUGAAGAGGCUCUGUCAGGUGUUGUGUGCGCUGGGCAAUCAGCUGUGUGCAUUGCUGGGUGUAGAUUCUGAUGUAGAAACACCAUCAAACUUUGGAAAAUACCUGGAAUCUUUUCUUGCUUUCACAACCCAUCCAAGUCAGUUUCUACGCUCUUCAACUCAGAUGACUUGGGGAGCCCUCUUCAGGCAUGAAAUCCUGUCCCGUGAUCCUUUGCUAUUAGCAAUAAUACCAAAAUAUCUCCGUGCUUCCAUGACUAACUUGGUUAAGAUGGGCUUUCCUUCUAAAACAGACAGCCCUAGCUGUGAAUAUUCUCGAUUUGAUUUUGAUAGCGAUGAGGACUUCAAUGCUUUCUUCAACUCCUCCCGAGCCCAGCAAGGAGAGGUGAUGAGGUUGGCAUGUCGUUUGGAUCCCAAAACUAGCUUCCAGAUGGCUGGGGAGUGGCUAAAGUAUCAACUAUCAACUUUUCUUGAUGCUGGUUCUGUGAAUUCUUGCUCUGCAGCCGGAACUGGAGAAGGAAGCCUCUGUUCUGUCUUCUCACCUUCAUUCGUGCAGUGGGAAGCCAUGACUCUUUUUUUGGAAAGUGUUAUCACCCAGAUGUUUCGAACGCUAGAUAGAGAAGAAAUUCCUGUUAAUGAUGGAAUAGAGCUAUUGCAGAUGGUUCUGAACUUUGAUACCAAGGAUCCCCUCAUCCUGUCCUGCGUCCUUACCAAUGUCUCUGCACUCUUUCCAUUUGUCACCUAUAGACCAGAGUUCCUGCCCCAGGUCUUCUCUAAGCUAUUUUCAUCUGUCACUUUUGAAACUGUUGAAGAAAGUAAGGCCCCCAGAACCCGGGCAGUGAGGAAUGUGAGGAGGCAUGCUUGUUCCUCCAUCAUCAAGAUGUGUCGUGACUAUCCCCAGCUUGUGUUGCCCAAUUUUGACAUGCUUUAUAACCAUGUGAAGCAACUCCUCUCCAAUGAGCUACUGCUGACACAAAUGGAGAAGUGUGCCCUCAUGGAAGCCCUGGUUCUCAUUAGCAACCAAUUCAAGAACUAUGAGCGUCAGAAGGUGUUCCUAGAGGAGCUGAUGGCACCAGUGGCCAGCAUCUGGCUUUCUCAAGACAUGCACAGAGUGCUGUCAGAUGUUGAUGCUUUCAUUGCGUAUGUGGGUACAGAUCAGAAGAGCUGUGACCCAGGCCUGGAGGAUCCCUGUGGCUUAAACCGUGCACGAAUGAGCUUUUGUGUAUACAGCAUUCUGGGUGUUGUGAAACGAACUUGCUGGCCCACUGACCUAGAAGAGGCCAAAGCUGGGGGAUUUGUGGUGGGUUAUACAUCCAGUGGAAAUCCAAUCUUCCGUAACCCCUGCACAGAGCAGAUUCUGAAACUUCUUGACAAUUUGCUUGCGCUUAUAAGAACCCACAAUACAUUAUAUGCACCAGAAAUGCUAGCCAAAAUGGCAGAGCCUUUCACCAAGGCUCUGGAUAUGCUUGACGCGGAAAAAUCUGCUAUAUUAGGAUUACCUCAACCUCUCUUGGAACUCAAUGACUCUCCUGUCUUUAAAACCAUCUUGGAAAGAAUGCAGCGUUUCUUCUCCACCCUCUAUGAAAACUGUUUUCAUAUCCUAGGGAAGGCAGGCCCUUCCAUGCAGCAAGACUUCUAUACUGUGGAGGACCUUGCUACCCAGCUUCUCAGCUCAGCCUUUGUCAACUUGAACAAUAUUCCUGACUACCGACUCAGACCCAUGCUUCGGGUCUUUGUAAAGCCUCUGGUGCUCUUCUGUCCCCCAGAGCACUAUGAAGCCCUGGUAUCCCCCAUCCUCGGACCUCUUUUCACCUACCUCCAUAUGAGGCUUUCCCAGAAGUGGCAAGUUAUCAACCAAAGGAGCCUGCUCUGUGGAGAAGAUGAGGCUGCAGAUGAAAACCCAGAGUCUCAAGAGAUGCUGGAGGAGCAACUGGUGAGGAUGUUAACCCGAGAAGUCAUGGACCUAAUCACGGUUUGCUGUGUUUCAAAGAAGGGUGCUGACCACAGUAGUGCUCCCCCAGCAGAUGGAGAUGAUGAAGAAAUGAUGGCCACAGAGGUCACCCCCUCAGCUAUGGCAGAACUUACAGACCUGGGCAAAUGUCUGAUGAAGCAUGAGGAUGUUUGUACAGCGCUAUUAAUUACAGCCUUCAAUUCCCUGGCCUGGAAGGAUACUCUGUCCUGCCAGAGGACGACCUCACAGCUCUGCUGGCCUCUCCUCAAACAAGUGCUGUCAGGGACACUGCUCGCAGAUGCAGUUACGUGGCUUUUCACCAGUGUGCUGAAAGGCUUACAGAUGCACGGGCAGCACGACGGGUGCAUGGCUUCCCUGGUCCAUCUGGCCUUCCAGAUAUACGAGGCGUUGCGCCCCAGGUACCUGGAGAUAAGAGCUGUAAUGGAGCAAAUCCCUGAAAUACAGAAGGACUCACUGGACCAGUUUGACUGCAAGCUUUUAAACCCCUCCCUGCAGAAAGUGGCUGACAAGCGCCGAAAGGACCAAUUCAAACGCCUCAUUGCUGGUUGCAUAGGGAAACCCUUGGGAGAGCAGUUCCGAAAAGAAGUUCACAUUAAGAAUCUUCCCUCACUUUUCAAAAAAACAAAGCCAAUGCUGGAGACAGAGGUGCUGGACAAUGAUGGGGGUGGCCUGGCCACCAUCUUUGAACCCUGAAUCAAUUUUUUGGGCAUCCUUCCUCGGCCUUUCUUGUCAUCUCUUCUUUCCCUUUGUAGCUAAUCUCUAGGCCCUUCUUGCACUGCCACCUCACUUUCCACUAUUGUUAGCCUGGAGAGAGAUCCAGGUCUGGAGCUGGAGAGAACAGGCCCUGUGCAGGACCAGAAGUAAUUAUACUAAAGUAUCAAGAAAGGGAGUUAGGGCUUAAACCAUUCUGUCUAGAUGUCCCAGAUAGUUCCCAUUCUACUUGGAGAUUUGGCUUUUCCAAGAAAAGCUAGAGCAGAGCAGCCCUUCUCCCACAAGCCCUCCCACCCCUGUGCAGCCUGUACAGAAUGGUAACUAGGGAUGCUGUGCCCAACACUGCGACUAGCAAGGCUCGCAGCAAGUGCACAGCCCUCAACUACUUGUGCCAGAGUUUCUCUUGGACCACUCCAACUCCCACUGAGCCCUUUUGCUGCUGGGCUGGCAGGAAACUUGCCCCACUCCCUAAGGGGCACGUCUGGGUUAGGUGCUAAGUGCUGAAAAAAACUUGGCCAGUUCUCUCAACUUUGCUUUGGGCAAGAAUCUGGUCACCUGAUGGGACACAUGGUAUAGGCUACUGCUAAACUUGGCACAGUGUCAAGUAUAGUACCUCCAAGGACCAGGGCUGGGCAGUCUUGAGUGCUAACAUCCCCUUUAGAGCUCACACAUCUUGCCCUUCCAUGAAUGACCCCUCAGUCUGGCUUCCCCAGCCUCAAGGUCCACUCAGGCACAAGAGCCACAGUACCCUAGAGAGUGUCACAUGACACCAUUGUCAUCCAAGGAUAAAACAGACCAACUAGGCUACAUCUGUGAUAAGCAGCUAGCAAAGCCACUGGUCUUCUAGGACUAAGACCAGGUGCCUUCCGCAAUCUCAUGGUCUUUCAGGUCCCUGGUUACUUUUCUCAAAGGCCAUCUCCAAAAGAAAAAAAUACAUGCCUUUGCAUCACAACCUGUACUGUGAGUCCAUUCUAGAGGUCACUGAAAGGCCCUAUAAACAGGACUCGGAUAUGGGACCUGGCCCUGACGUUAUUACUGGCCAUAAAGGCAGACUUAAUCCAUACAGAAACCAGUGUGUCCAUGUGCUCUGCACAAAAACAGACCUGUUGUCCACCAAUCCACUGACAAGAGGGUUUCCAUGAGAGCCGAAGUGGACUGAAGCUACAGUGUUUAGCUGGUGCGGGCCACAGGCAGGGUCAGAUUGGGAAGAGGCAAAGCUGAGGAAGCAGAAGUUGGAGUCUCAUGUUGCUCCCUCCUCCUGUGUGGUGCUCUGGGUUCCUAUGGAUUGUGAAGGCGAUCUCAAGAGUGUUUCCCUCCAAACCUGAUAGCUGCCUAUUCCUGUCUGGUUGGGGCUGUGGAGGGUGUAGUUGUAUUUAUUGUGUUGUAAUAUUUUUAACAUCCUGUGACUUCAUGCUAGAAGUUUUCUAUUGUUUAUAGAAACUUUUUGUAGAAACAUUAACUCUAAAGCACAUCUGCAUGUCAGUAAAAGUCUCAGUUUCAUACAGAAA